AUGAGUGAAAAUAUAAAUAUAAAUAACAAUAAUAAUAAUAAUAAUAAUAAUAAUAAUAAUAAUAAUAAUAAUAAUAAUAAUAAUAAUAAUAAUAAAAAAUGUUUUGUAACAGGGUCAACUGGAUUUUUAGGAUGUAAUAUAGUUGAACAAUUAUUAAUUCAAGGAUAUCAAGUUUAUGCAUUAUAUAGAAAUAAGAAUAAAGUAUUAGAAUUAAAUUCAAUAGCAAAGAGAUUGAAUAAACAAGAUCAAUUGAUAUUGGUUAAAGGUGAUGUUACAAAUUAUAAAUCAUUGUUAAAAGGUAUACCAGAUGAAUGUCUUUACUGUUUUCAUGCUGCAGCUCUCAUUGAUUUAGAUGCAAGUGAAUCACAACAAUCAAUGAAGGAACAACAAAUUCAACAAUACGAAACCAAUGUAAAUGGCACUGCCAAUGUUGUAGAGGCAUGUUUCAAAAAGGGUGUAAAAAGAUUGAUUUACACAAGCACAAUAGCAUGCUACGAUGUAAAAGAUAGAAUCAUCAAUGAACAAUGCCCAAAAGAGAAUCUACCAAGGUCUGGUUAUUCGCGUACAAAGAGAAUUGGCGAGCUAUAUGUGGAGGAUGCCAUACGUAGGGGAUUGGAGGCGGUGAUCAUCUCACCGGGCUUUAUCAUUGGAAAAUAUGAUGAAAAUAGUGUUGGCUCGUUUAUAUUAAUGGUCGCUCAUCAAGCUUCUCAAACUGUGUCAGUGGGCGUAGGUAAAACCAACUUUUCAUCAGCGGACGAGGUUGCCAAGGCUCAUAUAACAGCAGCACAGGUUGCACCAAAUGGAAGUGACUAUUGUAUAGGUGGUACAUUGAUCAGUUGGAAGGAACUUUAUGAACAAGUUUUAUUUCAACUCUCGAUUGAAAAACCUGUUGUUGCCGUUUCCCCAUUGAAAUAUAUUCUAACAGGUAAAAUGAAUGAUUUAAUGGCCAAAUGGUUUGGCAGAACUUCAACCACAACCACUUCAACCACUAUUAAACCAAUUUCAUCAGAAGCAACCGAUUCUUUAGCGGAUGAUGAUUUUAAAACUACAAAAGCAUCGAAAUCAAAACCACGUCCAACACCUUAUCAAUCUUUCUUCCUCUCUUGUAUUCAAAGUGUUAAUUUUGUAAUCGAUUCAACCAAAGCAAAUAACCAAUUAAAUUUUAAAUCUCAAACUUUAGAAUAUAUGAUUAAUGAAAAUAUUCAAUGGUUAAAACAAAGAAAUCUAUUAUAA